AUGGACAGCAACGCGGAUAACCAGAAGUACACAGUCAUCUGCAGCGAGCGUGUUGUUAUUGGGAACACCCUUGUUCCCGCCACCGUUCACUUUGAAAAUGGCGUAAUCGUCAAAGUUGAAGACGGUACGGCCACAGCGCCACCAGAGGGCGCUGUAUUCCACGAUUUUGGCGACUUGGUCAUCAUGCCCGGCGUUGUGGACAGCCAUGUGCACAUCAAUGACCCUGGCCGCACGGCUUGGGAGGGCUUCCCCUCGGCCACGCAGGCUGCCGCUGCAGGAGGCGUCACCACGCUGGUCGACAUGCCCCUCAACUGUUCCCCUGUGACGACUACCCUCGACGCGCUAAAGCUCAAGCAGGACCACUCCAAAGACAAGCUGUGGGUGGACGUAGCUUUGCUGGGCGGCAUCGUUCCCAACAACGCGCAAGAAAUCAGCCCGAUGGUCCACGCUGGAGUCGUGGGGUUCAAGGCUUUCAUGGUUCAUUCUGGAAUCGAUGAGUUCCCGCACGUUGAGGAAGAGCACAUUCGUGCCGCUAUGAGCGAGCUCAAGAAGCUGCAAGAUCAAGGCCGAGAUGUGGUGUUCAUGUUUCACGCCGAAGUCGGAGGCCCCAUCGACGAAGCCAACAAAAGCCUGAGCGAGCACUCUUGCUCCAGCUCCAAAUACGAAACCUUCCUCCGUUCGCGCCCGAAGGAAGCCGAAAACGAAGCCAUCGCGCUCGUUAUUCGUCUGUGCCGCGAAUAUCGCGUGAGGUGCCAUAUUGUGCAUUUGUCCUCUUCCGACGCGGUGGCGAUGCUGCGCGCCGCCAAGGAGGAGGGCUUGCCCAUUACUGCCGAGACGACGUACCACUACUUGUACUUUUCUGCCGAGGACGUGCCCGACGGCAACACCCUGUUCAAGUGCUGCCCGCCCAUUCGCGAAAAGAACAACCGAGACAAGCUCUGGCAAGCGCUGGAGGACGGCGUGAUCACGCAGGUCAUUUCCGACCACUCGCCCUGUACUACUGACCUGAAGCUGCUGGAAGAUGGCGAUUUCCUCAAGGCUUGGGGAGGCAUUUCGUCUCUGCAGCUGGGCAUCAGUAUCGUAUGGACGCAGGCCAAGAAGCGUGGCUUCACCGUGCCUCAGCUGGCUCAGUGGAUGUGCCUCCAAACCGCCGAGUUGGUCAAGUUGGACGCCAAGAAGGGGAGCAUCGAGGUGGGCAAGGAUGCCGACUUUGUCGUGUGGUGCCCCGAAGAGGAGUUCGUGGUGGAGGAGGACGCCCUCUUCAUCCAGAACAAGAAGACCCCCUACCACGGCGAGAAGAUGAGCGGCACUGUGAAGCGCACCUUCCUCCGCGGCCAGCUCAUCUACCAGACCAACGUCGAUUGCGCCCCCAGCACCGGCCCGCUCGGCCAGCUCGUCUUGCCCUCGAGCCCGUGA